GCCAGCCCAGCGCUGCCUGGCAGGGAAGGACCGAGAGCAGAGCUGGGCGAGAGCGAGUGAGACACGCACACGCACAGUCGCGCCGCGGCGCUCGGCCAGCGAGGGGGGUCUAUGCGGCUGGCCGGCUCGAGCUCUCCAGCGCUGGCUGCCGGAGCGAGCCCCCUUCUCCGCCCGACGCCCUCGCUUCCCCGCAGCUCGCCCUCCGAGCCCUGGCGGCGGGUCCGUCGGGCCAUGAGCCGCAGAUGGGGCAGGCAGGGAGCCCGCGGCGGGCUUGGGUGCUGAGCGGCCCUGAAGUGCCCUGAGUUCUUGCGGGGGGCAGCGCCGGGCGGACUCCAGCUGGGACAGACGGCUCCCGCCCGCUCCCCUUCCCUGCUUCCUCCGGACCGGGUCUCGUCCCGUCCUCCUGCCGUCCCCGCGCCUCCUGCCGAGGAAUGGCUCGAUGGCUGCAGCUCGGCGCCAGUGCCCGCGUGGGCACAGGGCUGUGGCAGGUUCUGCUGGCCGGCACCAUCCUCACCAGCCACAUCCAUCCCAACGAUGCUCAACAAAGUGCCACCGUGCCCAUUCCUGUGCCUGGCUCUGGCUCUGACCUACUCCCCCACUUCCUGCUAGAACCUGAGGAUGUUUAUAUUGUCAAAAACAAACCUGUGACUUUGACAUGCAAGGCCGUGCCGGCCACCCAAAUUUACUUCAAAUGCAAUGGUGAAUGGGUGCACCAAGGUGACCACAUCAUCCAGCGCAGCAAGGAUAAGAGCACCGGCCUACCCCUCAUGGAGGUACGGAUAGAUAUCUCAAGGCAGCAAGUGGAGAAGAUCUUUGGCUUGGAAGAGUACUGGUGUCAGUGUGUGGCCUGGAGUUCCUCCGGCACCACCAAAAGCCAGAAGGCCUUUGUGCGCAUUGCGUACUUGAGGAAGAAUUUUGAGGAGGAGCCACUGGCCAAAGAAGUCUCACUUGAGCAGGGAAUUGUGCUGCCUUGCCGCCCUCCAGAGGGGAUUCCACCUGCUGAAGUGGAGUGGCUGCGCAAUGAAGAACUUGUGGACCCAACACUAGACCCCAAUUACUACAUUACGCUGGAACAUAGCCUGGUGGUGAAACAAGCUCGCUUAGCUGACACGGGCAACUAUACCUGCGUGGCCAAGAACAUAGUGGCUCGCCGUCGCAGCUCACCUGCCGCUGUCACUGUCUAUGUACCUGGUGGUUGGUCAGCCUGGAGCUUGUGGUCAGUAUGUGGUGCUGACUGUACACAUUGGCGCAGCCGUGAAUGCUCUAAUCCAGUGCCUCGUAAUGGUGGGGAUGAGUGCCAGGGGCCUGAACUGGAGACCCGCAACUGCACCAGUGAAUUGUGUACGCAUGAAACUGGUGGCUCUGAGGAUGUGGCUCUGUAUGUUGGCUUGAUUGCUGUAGCCGUGUGCUUGGUACUGCUGCUUCUAGUGGUAACCCUUGUCUACUGCCGGAAGAAGGAAGGGCUGGAUUCAGAUGUAGCUGACUCUUCUAUUCUCACUGCUGGCUUCCAACCAGUUGGCAUCAAGCCCACCAAAGCAGAUAAUUCCCACUUAUUGACCAUCCAGCCUGAUCUGAGCACCACUACCAUGACCUACCAAGGCUCACUGUGUCCACGCCAGGAUGGGCCUGGCAAGUUCCAGAUUGGCAACGGGCACCUGCUUAGUCCCCUGGGCAGUGGACGUCAUACUCUUCACCACAGCUCUCCCAGUGCUGAUCCGGUAGACUUCGUCUCACGAUUCUCUACCCAGAGUUUCUUCCGCUCUUUGCCCAGGGGUGGUGCCAACAUGGCGUAUGGAACAUUCAACUUCUUGGGUGGACGUUUAAUGAUACCCAACACAGGUGUCAGCUUGCUUAUCCCACCUGAUGCCAUCCCACGGGGGAAAAUCUAUGAAAUCUACCUAACGCUGCACAAGCAAGAGGAUGUGAGGCUUCCGCUGGCAGGCUGCCAGACUUUACUGAGCCCCAUUGUUAGUUGUGGCCCUCCGGGGGUGCUGCUCACCAGACCUGUUAUCCUAGCCAUAGAUCACUGUGUGGAGCCAAAUCCUGAGACCUGGAACCUGCGCCUGAAGAAGCAGUCCUGUGAGGGCACAUGGGAGGAUGUACUGCAGUUGGGAGACCCAGGAUCUUCUGAACUGUUCCAUUGCCAGUUGGAACCCCAAGCUUGCUACAUCUUCACAGAGCAAUUGGGCCGCUUUGCGUUGGUGGGAGAAUCCCUCAGCAUGGCUGCUUCAAAGCGCCUGAAACUGGUUCUCUUUGCACCCACAACUUGUACUGGGCUGGAAUAUGAUGUCCGUGUAUAUUGCCUCAGUGACACCCGUGAUGCACUUAAGGAAGUGGUGCAGAUAGAGAAGCAGAUGGGUGGACAGCUGAUCGGUGCACCGCGAAUCUUGCACUUCAAGGACAGUUAUCACAAUCUGCGUCUCUCCAUCCAUGAUGUGCCCAGUUCACUGUGGAAGAGCAAGCUCCUAGUCAGCUACCAGGAAAUUCCUUUCUACCAUCUUUGGAGUGGGCUACAGCCCUAUCUACACUGUACCUUCACACUGGAGCGACUCAGCACCAACACAUGCCAAUUGGCAUGCAAAAUUUGGAUCUGGCAGGUGGAGGGUGAUGGGCAAAGCUUCAAUAUUGACUUCAACAUUGCCAAGGAUGCACGGUUUUCGGACUGGCUACCCCCAGACAAUGAGGCUGGCUCUCCUGCCCUGGUGGGCCCCAGUGCCUUCAAGAUUCCUUUUCUUAUCCGCCAGAAAAUCAUAAGUAGUCUGGAUGCCCCAGUGGCCCGUGGGGCUGACUGGAGAGCAUUAGCCCAGAAGCUGCACCUUGACAGCCAUCUCAGCUACUUUGCUUCAAAACCAAGCCCAACAGCCAUGAUCUUGAACUUAUGGGAGGCACGUCACUUCCCCAAUGGAAACCUCAACCAGCUGGCUGCUGCUGUGGCUGAAGUGGGCAAGCAGGACAGCUCCCUUUUCAUGGUUUCAGAAGCUGAGUGCUAAAGCCCUAGGCAGGGACAACACAGGCCUCAGUCUGGAGAUGAUGAGGGGCACCUCCAUUUCAAGGGUCACAGCAUCUGUACUUGUCCUGCUUUGAAUAUGCCUGUGUGCCCUAUCUGAUCCUUGUGCCAAAUUCAGCCAGAAGGCAAACACUGGGCUCAGUCUCCAGAAGCCAUGGAAAAGGCUACCAAAUCCCUACUCUGCUGCUACCAAAGCAGUUCUGGAACUGGUUGGGGUAGGUCUGUUUUUCUACCAAGUAGGCUGGCGAGCAAGUCUGAUAUGCUGGCAUCUGGCUUGGAUAAUUAUUCUAGAGCUUUCUUCUACUCUAGCAUGGGAAGCAAAAGGAAAGGAAAUGGUUAGCACAGAAGUCAUUGUGAGUGACCAAGAUAAAAGGUAAGCUUUGCUUUGAAGCUGAGUCAUCUGUGUCCGGUCCACCGCAUCCCCCAGGAAGCCCUUUGCCAUAAUAAAGUUUAAAAAAAGAGGGUAGCUCAGGAUAGUUCCAGAGCCAUUUUUGUAAAUGUUUGCUCCAGCCCAAGAGGUAUCUGACACUCAGUCAGAGAGGGCAGCCCAAGAGUUGGUGGCUUGCAGACACCUGGAGACCCAUGGGACAAGGAAGAAACAGAAGGUCAACCAAAGGACGAGGGCCUUGCUCUCCUGGUGACUGUAUCUGUGCCUCCUUAGUCCUUGCCCAGUGUAUAUGCAAGGGAUUUGUGCGUGUGCGUGGAAGUCUGAUCUGUGCAGUGAACGUGUGCUGGACCAGGCAGGUCUAUGCCGUAUUGUGUAAAGAUCGUUUUUUAUUCUGUAUUCAAGUGCAUUCAAGUAUUUACACUUGGCCUUAUGUACAUAUCAGCGUCUCG